AUGGCCCAAGCUAAAUGUCUCCAGCUAAAGACGAAGAUGUGGCGGGUGGAGGAGGAGGAGCCAGUUUUGGGAGGUGAUCAGACAAAGCACUGUAAACAAGGUCCAAGCGAUCACGGGUUGUCGGCACCAGCACUCCAGCCUGGAGUCUGUCGCUAUGGAACCAAAAUGGCCUGCUGCUAUGGCUGGAGAAGGAGCAGCAAUGGAGUCUGCGAAGCUACGUGUGAACCUGGAUGCAAGUUUGGAGAGUGUGUGGGACCAAACAAAUGUAGAUGCUUCCCAGGAUACACCGGGAAAACCUGCAGUCAAGAUGUGAACGAGUGUGGAGUGAAACCACGGCCAUGCCAACACAGGUGUGUGAACACUCAUGGGACCUACAAGUGCUUUUGCCUCAGCGGCCACAUGCUCAUGCCAGAUGCCACGUGUGCCAACUCUAGGACGUGUGCCAUGACAAACUGCCAAUAUAGCUGUGAAGACACAAAGGAAGGGCCGCAGUGUCUAUGUCCGUCCUCGGGACUCCGCCUGGCCCCAGACGGAAGAGUUUGCAUCGAUAUUGAUGAAUGCACCUCUGGUAAAGCCGUCUGCCCCUACAAGCGAAGAUGUGUGAACACGUUUGGAAGCUACUAUUGCAAAUGUCAUGUUGGUUUCGAACUGAAAUAUAUCAAUGGCCGAUAUGACUGUAUAGAUGUAAAUGAAUGUGCUGUGAAUACCCAUACGUGCAGCCUCUACGCCAAUUGCCUCAAUACCCAAGGAUCCUUCAAGUGCAAGUGCAAGCAGGGAUACAAAGGCAGUGGACUUCAGUGUUCUCUUAUCCCUGAAAAGUCUGUGAAGGAAAUCAUCAGAGCCGCUGGUACCAUCAAAGACAGAAUCAAGAAAUUGCUUGCUCACAAAAACAGCAUGAAAAAGAAAGUAAAAAUUAAAAAUGUCAUCACAGAACCUGCUGGGACUCCCAACCCCAAGGUUAACUUGUGGCCCUUCGACUCUGAGAAGAGCAUUUUCAGAGGUGGGCGCCCUAAUGGAGAAAUAAAAGGGAAGGAAGAGAGAAAGAACGAGGGGCUGGGGGAAGAGAAAAGAGAUGAGACAGCCUCAAAGAACCACGUGGAACAGGAGCAGUGGCUUCGAGGAGAUGUGUUCUCCCCUAAGGUGCAUGAAGCAGAUGAAUAUAAUCUGGGUCUCAUCGAAAGAAAAGCUACAACACCCAGACUGGAACACAAAGAUUUAAACAUCUCCAUUGACUGCAGCUUCGAUCGUGGGGACUGUGACUGGAAACAGGAUGUAGAAGAUGAUUUUGACUGGAAUCCUACUGAUGGAGACAAUGCUGUUGGCUACUAUAUGGCAGUUCCCGCCUUGGCAGGCCAUAAGAAGGAUGUUGGCCGAUUAAAACUUCUCCUCCCUGACCUGCAGCCCCAAAGCAACUUCUGUAUGCUCUUUUAUUACCGGCUGUCUGGAGACAAAGUAGGGAAACUUCGAGUAUUUGUGAAAGACAGUAAUAACACCCUGGCAUGGGAGGAGACCAAGAGUGAGGAUGAAAGGUGGAAGAUGGGGAAAAUUCAGCUGUAUCAAGGGAUUGACACUACCAAAAGCAUCAUUUUUGAAGCUGAACGUGGCAAAGGCAAAACCGGAGAAAUUGCAGUGGAUGGCAUUUUGCUGGUGUCAGGCUUAUGUCCAGACAGCCUUUUAUCUGUGGAUGGUUGA